UGUCCCUAAGCUGCGAAGCCCCCUUGGCCCCGCUCGCCAUGAACUCCGAGGAGCAGUAUUACGCCUCGGCGCAGCUCUACAAGGAGUCGUGCGCGUUUCAGAGAGCCCAAGCGCAGGACUACAACCCCAGCCCCCCCGCCUGCCUGUACAUGGGCAGGCAGCAACAGACUCCCUAUUCCAGCGCCUUAGGGGCUCUCGAGCAAGGCAGCCCUCCAGACAUUUCACCUUACGAGGUGCCCCCCAUCACUGAGGAUGCCGGGGUCUCCCACCUUCAUCACCAUCAUCACCACCACCCUCAUCUUCCUCCUCCCCACCAGGACGCGCUGCCUUUCGCAGACGGGGCGGACGCGGGGGCUGUAGAGGAGCCCCGAGUGCAGGUGCCUUUCGCCUGGAUGAAGUCCACCAAGUCGCACGCCUGGAAGGGACAGUGGACCGGUGGAUCCUACAUGGUGGAACCGGAGGAGAACAAGCGGACGAGGACGGCGUACACGCGGGCGCAGCUGCUGGAGCUGGAGAAGGAGUUUCUCUUCAACAAGUACAUCUCCAGGCCGCGGCGGGUGGAGCUGGCUGUCAUGUUGAACUUGACCGAGAGGCACAUCAAGAUCUGGUUCCAGAACCGGCGGAUGAAGUGGAAGAAAGAAGAAGACAAAAAGCGAGGGGCGGGCAACAGCAAUGACCCCGAGCAAGACUGCGUUGUGUCCUCCGGGGAGCUGCAGACCAAGGAGGAUCUCCAGCCGUGCCCCGCCGGGAACGUUCCCUCGGGAGCCUCCAGGGACAUUCUCGCCCCCAGCCUAGUCCCCAGAAGGCAGCAGGACUCUCGGUGAGCCGCGGGGAGCUCCACGGCCCGGGACGAGGAAAAGGAUGGGACGUGGAAAAGAGCCGAGAGGUUGGGGCCAGC